AUGGCCGUACUGCGAACUACUAUUACUACUAUUCUGUCUUUGUCAUCGGGUCUGGCCCUACUCGCUCCGGAGAAAGUCAUCACUACCAAAGUGAUUCCUCAGAAUGUGACCAGUUCCUUGAUCCAAGCUUUGCAAGGCGCCGAGUCCAACCUCAACGCCAUUGAGAACGACCAGCGAUGGGCAACUUGUCAGGCGAACCAGAGAGAUUGGAACUGUCAGAGAGUUCGAUGGGAAGCUCUGAAGGUAUUAUCUAAGGACCAAGUAGACGUGGCCAUCCUCAUUCAAAAAGCCUUCGAUACCGUGAUGGCUGUCACCAAGGGUAUCAAUGGCCGUCAGAAGGAUGUAGAUGAUCUUAAGGAUGCUCUCAAUGGUCCCGAUGGGCUCGUACAGAGGGCUAAGACAGUUGCUGACGGUAUUCUCCAUACAAAGUCUACCAUUCAUGACCAAGCCGAAGCGGUCAGCACUCAAGUGAAGAAUCUCGCAGAUCAGCUCAAGGCCGAGACGACCAUGGUGCAGGAGCAAGUGGAGACGAAACUUAAGAACCUCAACGCGGCCAGUGCGAAGCUCAUGAACGACCAGAUGGGUCUGGAAAUGAAAGCACUUCAAACUAGUGCCGAGACGGUUAACGCUGAAGAGGCUAGUAUCGCCCAACAGGCUACUCAGAAUGCUAAUCAGACAAAUGCUGAAAUCGAACAGACCCGCACUGAAGUGUCGGACUUCUCUGCGAGUGUCCGUGAUGAAUUCGAUAAGCUCGGACAGAGCCUUGACGACGAGGAGGAUACCAUCAAGGCGGAGGAGCAGGAUAGCAAGCAGAAAGAUAGAGAUCUGAAGCACACGGUCAAGGCAGAUCUGCAAGCUAGUGUUCACGCUAUGCAAGAGAAAGCCGAGAAUUAUCUCAGCGGAGUUCAGAAGCAACUCGAUGACAAGUUGGCCACUACCUCUAAGGAGUUGGAAGCUCACAGAGAACAGAGUUUGGAAGCAUCUGAGAAGGAACAGAGAGCAACAAACGAUGAAAUUAUCAACGAACUGAACGGGAUUAACUCCAAGGUUGACAGACUGCAUGAGCAAGCCAAGGGAGAUGUGAAUGCUCUGGAGAAGAAGAACAAUGCUACUUUGGAGAGCAUUAAAAGCUCUCAAGAGAGGACUUUGAAGGACGUUCAGAGAACUACUGAUGAGAAUGCUGCCGGGGUGAAUGCUCUCGAUGAGGAAGCCAAAGCAGUCAGGGCCGAAUCUGAGGCUGAGCUCAAUCAGGCCAAGUUGAGCCACGCGCAGGACUUUAAAGACCUGCAGGGUAGCGUAGCGGCUGCCCAGCGGAACAUGGCGAAGGACGCCUCGGCUCAGUUCGAUAAGGCAAACCAGGAAAUCGCGGCACGAGGGGCUGAGGCUAAACAGAAGGGUGCGCAGGAUUCCAAAGAGUUGGAUGCCCAGAUUAACAGCCUAAAAGUCUACACUGCGAGAGGUGGCAAGAAGAACGCUGAAGGUCUCGGAGAUGCUAUCACUGAAGUCGACCAAAUGAAGAACCUCCUGGGUGGUAUGAUCAAAUCUGGCGGUGACUCGAACGACCUACGAAGGCAGAUGGUCGAGAGUAUGUUCGAUUCGGAGCUGCGCGACACUGAACAGACCAAGAACGAUAUGGCCAGUAAUGCGGCGAAGCGAGACCAUGCACUUAGUCGAUCCCUCUCGAGGGAGAUGAGUGAAGCCAAUAAGCUCCGUCACGAGGAGAUGCGCAAGGCACGAGACUCUCAGGACAAUGCAGUGAACAAGCUGCAGCAACGACAGAUCUUGAACAGCCAGAAGUCUCAAGGUGACAUGAGAAGGCUCGGCUUGGCCGUGGAGGAGCUCGAGGGAGGCGUUGAAGAGCAGAAGAAUGCGGGGGACAAUCUGGCCCAAUGGAUAAGCCGAGUCGACGCGGCUUCUGAGGACUCUAUGAACAACCUUGCAUCACAGAUAAAUUCCUCGAAGGCCUUGGAAAAGAGCGAAAUUGAUGGUGUUCGAGACAAGAUGGCAUCUGACUACGCUACCCUCACUGACGAGGAGAAGUCUGCCAUUGGAAGCAAAAAACAGAAGAUCAUGACUGCAUUCACUUCUGAUCUCUCGGACGCUCAGGCCAAGACACAUGACACCAUGAACAGACUCCAGAGCAGUGCUGAUAGACAGAAGCAGUUGCUAGCCAAUGAUCGUAUUGAUGUCGAUAAGCUCCUCAAGGAAACUGAGGAGUUUGAGACCACGGGCAAAUCUGAUUUCGAUCAACUGGAGUCGGCUCUUGCACAGAAGACAGAUGACGCCAAUAUACAGCGUCAGCAGAAGAUCAAUGAAGUGCAGGAGAGCGAGACUAAGGAAAUGGACAACUUCAAGAGUCGUAUGACGGACAUUAUCAAGAAAGCCUCAGCAGCGACCGAGGCCAGCGGGGACAAACAGUUCCAGUUACAGAAGCAAGCCUUAGAUAAGCUGGCGAGCCAACUCCACGCUCAAAGUGCUGAGAGCGAGAAAGUGCAGGACUUGGCUAAGAAAGAGGCUGAGAGGUUUAGCGCUGAUGCGAAGCGUUUCAACGAGCGCAUGGGGAAGGCCAAGGAUGCAUUGAGUGGCGAGAGCAAAAAACAAUUUGAUGAUUUACGCAACUUCAAGAACAAGGUGAACACCUGGUCGACUGAUUUAAAGAAGGACUUGGCCAAGGGAGAAAAGGUCAUCGGCCAGGCCAUGCAUGACAUUCCAAAGGCAACUGCGGAAAAGACCAGCCGCAUGAAGGAGGACAUCAGCAAGAUGGAAGAGAACACUCGAGGAACUGUAUCGACUUUUGCUAAGAACUUCGAGAGUAUGAGGAGUGCCAUUAACCAACACCGUGAUGAGCAGAACGCGAGACGAGCUCGGGCUGUAAUUGCACUGAACGAGGCGAUCCUGGCUGGCAAGACAGGCCUGUUGGAGCAGCUCGUCGGCUCACAGCUGAGCAAUGCUGAGGGCACUAAGGAGAUGAGCAAGCUACUGGCUAGCCUGGCCGGCGACCUUGGCCUGGUGAAGGCUGAGGGAGGCGGGAAGCUCCACGAUAUCAUGCAUGAAGUCCUGCAUCUCGGCACUAACACUGGUGGCCUCUACAAGCACAUGCAGACUGGCUUGAGCAAGGAGAUGUCCGCACUGGAUCACCAACGACGAAUCGAUGCUAUGCAGAAUGAAGAUGCUAUUCACGGAUAUGCUCUCAUGGACGGCAGACGACUGAGCGGUUUGGGUAACCAGGUCUCGUCGAUGCUCUCGGAUUUCCAUAAGGAUUCCUCUAUGGCUAACUUGGCCCUUGCUGGUGACAAAAAGGACGUCUAUGCUCUCGGAAGCCUUAUCCAGGGUAUGGGAGCUGACUCUAGGCUCGAGCUCACCAAGAUGCUCCACAAGAUAGAGUCGGGCGAGAGUACGAUGCUCCAAGAGCUGGCUAGUCACCGAGAUGUUGACUUUAAGAAGAUCUCCUCGGUGAAGGAUGUCGUGCAAGCCUUUGUGAAGGUCAUCGAAGGCUAUCUCGCCCAUUCCCGGCUUGGUUUCGAUGACGUUCAUUCGAAAAUCGACGCCUUUAGAGUAUAUCUGAACGGCAAACUGCGAAGGGCUGAUGUGAAUAUGCUCCUCAUGUCACACCAAGCAAAGGAGGCCUUGAGGAAGGCUCAGAGCAAGCAGCAGGUUCUUGAACACAGGAUGGAGGAUGUUGGGAAGAAGCUGAAGAAGGAUCUCUCUGACUUCCAGGAGGAACACACUGAUAUGGAACAGCGUCAUGAGAACGAGUACACUGAGCUGCAGAACGAGGUCAAGGAAAAGACUCAUGAGUUGAUGAACAAGCAGAGGAAUAUGACGGCCCAGAUCAAAGAAAUGAUGAGGGAAGAAGAUCAAUUCAUGGAAGCUAAACUUACGGAAGUCCGCAACAAGAUCCGCGCGAGUAAACCUCCGGAGCAUGCUGUGAGUGCCCCUCCUACAGGCGUCAAGGAUAUCGCUGAAUCUCCCGAUGCUGCCAGUAGCGGUUGGUGGGCCAGCUUCCUCUCUCGAGGCAGUCCUUCAAGAAUUACCAACAAUAAGAUCGCUGCUCCAAUCGAUAAAGCUAAACUCGCUGACACGAAAGCGCAUGAUCCGAGUAGCAGAUAA